AUGGCACUGAAGCGAAAGGCGGCUGUCGUUGAAACGGCUGUAUCUAGUCGUGAAUUGACGCGUCGCAAACUCCCACGUCGAUCUACCCAGAAAGUGAAAGAAGAAAAUAUCGAGGCUCUUCCAGAAAUUAAAUCAGAGGUCAAAGUUGUCAAGAAGCGCACAAAAGCACGCGCUACUCUCAAGCCACAGGAGGACUCGGGUCUGGACAACGAGGCUGCUAAUGACGAAGCGCCGUCUCUCGAGCGAGGUGCCAGACGCCCUCCGCCAGUCAACAGUGAUGUAUUACCUUUACCAUGGACUGGAAGAUUAGGCUAUGCCUGUUUGAAUACCUAUCUCCGCACCGCAAACCCGCCCGUCUUUUCCUCCCGGACCUGUCGCAUCGCGUCCAUCCUCGAGCACCGGCACCCCCUCACCGACCCCUCGCAGCCCGAGCACCCCACCAAGAACCGGCCCGACAAGUCCAAGCCUGCCGACGCCGCGCUCGGCCUCCGCUUCGUCCAGAACCUCGGCCUCGCCAACGCCCGCGACAUCGUCAAGAUGCUGCGCUGGAACGACAAGUACGGCAUCCGCUUCCUGCGCCUCAGCAGCGAAAUGUUCCCCUUUGCCAGCCACGCCGAGUACGGGUACGCGCUGGCGCCGUUCGCCGCCGACGCGCUGCGCGAGGCCGGCCGCGUGGCCGCCGCGCUCGGCCACCGCCUGACCACGCACCCGGGCCAGUUCACGCAGCUCGGCAGCCCGCGGCGCGAGGUCAUCGAGGCGUCCCUGCGGGACCUGGCGUACCACGACGAGAUGCUGUCGCUGCUGCGGCUGCCGCCGCAGCUCGACCGCGACGCCGUCAUGAUCCUGCACUUGGGCGGCACCUUUGGCGACAAGGACGCGACGCUGGACCGCUUCCGGGACAACUACAGCAAGCUGCCGCAGGGGGUGAAGCGCCGGCUGGUGCUGGAGAACGACGACGUGGCGUGGAGCGUGCACGACUUGCUGCCGGUGUGCGAGGAGCUGGACAUACCGCUGGUGCUGGACUACCACCACCACAACAUCGUGUUCGACGCGGGGAGCGUGCGCGAGGGCACGGCGGACCUGGCGGGGCUGUACCCGCGGAUAGAGGCGACGUGGAAGCGCAAGGGGAUCACGCAGAAGAUGCACUACAGCGAGCAGACGGCGGCGGCGGUGACGCCGCGGGAGCGCAGGAAGCAUGCGGCGAGGGUGAGGGCGCUGCCGCCGUGCCCGCCGGGGGUGGACUUGAUGAUCGAGGCCAAGGACAAGGAGCAGGCGGUGUUUGAGCUGAUGCGCACGUACAGGUUGCCGGGCUGGCAGCGGGCCAACGACGUCGUCCCGUACGAGCGCGACGACGACGAGCCCAGGCCGGCGGCGAAAAAGGCGGCGGCGGCGGCGGCGGCAAAGAGGGGGGUGAAUGGAAUGGGAGCGGUUGAUGGAGAGGAGGUGGAUGUCGUGGCCGCGGAGGACUUGGGCAUGGGAGGGCCGGAGAAUCGCGUGUACUGGCCGCCGGGCAUGGAGGAGUGGCUGCGGCCGAGGAAGAAGGGUAGCGAACAGAAGGGAAAGGAGGGAGGUGAGGGAGGUGAGGACAUGGAACAGGACAUUGAAGAUUAA